AUGGGUUCCCUGAGGUUUCAGUACCAUAUCAAUAUCGUGAUUCCAGUGGACGUAUCUGAUCUUUCAAAACAGUUUAGCAGCUCGUGGACUAUAUCUUGGGGGCUGAUGCGACGUAUGAUUAGUGUUGUACCAGAUGAAGUUCUACAACGUUGUGUCAUUUCUGCUGCUGUUUGUGCUCGUCGCCGUCAGUGGAAAGCCAUCUCCAAUUUUUGGGGCCACUCCACCAGGAGCAAAGAUAUCCGGAUAGAGAGACGUACAGAAAAAGCGAAUGAAUAA